AUGGCCGACGUCGCAGUCAACCCCAACCAGCAGGUCCCGCUGGACACCAUCCCCAUCUCCCCGUCCGACAACUCUUCCGGCGAGCCACAGGGAGAAUCCUCCGAGGGCGAGAUUCGGACCGUCUUUCACGAUGCCGAUAACUUCAACGUGAAGCAUCCCCUCAUGAACACCUGGACCCUCUGGUUCACCAAGCCCCCAAGCGGCAAGGGUGAUAACUGGAAUGAGCUGUUGAAAGAGGUCAUCUCGUUCGAUUCGGUCGAGGAGUUCUGGGGCAUUUACAACAACAUCACGCCCACAUCCGACCUGGCGCUCAAGUCGGAUUAUCACCUCUUCAAGAGGGGCGUCCGGCCCGAGUGGGAGGAUGCUCAGAACAAGCACGGCGGAAAGUGGGCUUUCCAGUUCAAAGACAAGAAGGUCAUCAACAUUGAUGCGCUGUGGCUUCACGUGAUGCUUGCAGCCAUCGGCGAGAAUCUUGAGGAGCAGGAUGACAACGAGGUCAUGGGCGUUGUUGUCAACGUUAGGCGAGGCUUCUAUCGUAUCGGCCUUUGGACCCGAACCGUUGGCAAGGCCCUUCCAAACGACCCCAACAAGGGCAGGACGUUCGAGCAAGGUAAAGAGACGUUGCAGAAGAUCGGCAAGCGCUUCAAGGCAGCUCUUCAGCUCAAAGACAACGAGACGGUCGAGUUCUCUGGUCACACGGACGCUGCGCAUGCAGGUAGCACUCGUGCGAAGGCCAAGUUCGUCGCGUAA